GCCGUUUCCCGGAGCUUGCGUCCAGCUUCGUUUCUCUCUUAUCUUCUUUUUCAUCCUCUUCUUCCUUUGCUUUUCUCUUCUGUGAUUAUUUCUCUUUGGUUUUCAAACUUCAUUUCUUAACCAACCCUUCUACAAACACUCCAUCUAUAUACUACCGACAUUGCCAUACAAUCACCCCACCAUACACUCAUACAGUGCCCCUCCAUCACCAAGAUCAUCGUCUAAACCACCACCAUCGUCAUGGAGGUGACUCCUCCGCCUAAUGCGCUGCUUGUCGGCCUACAGACACAAAACAACAUCCACCUCGUCAUCGGCACCAAUCCCCUCGCCGCCGCCCGCUGCGCAUCCUCCCGCGCCGCCGGAGCAUCGCCCGUCCUCGUCGCCCCCGAUUCCGCAGACCUACACUACAGCCUGCAGAGCAAGAUUGACGACGGCAGCGUGACAUGGCACAAGCAGGAAUUCCAAGAUGAGGAUAUCUUCCGUCUUGGCCGCCCAGAGGUUGACGGUGUCGUCGAUGCCGUCUUUGUAACAUCUGCGGCUAAAGAGCUUCAAGUGCGCGUCUCGUCCCUCUGCAAACGAAACAGAAUCCCCGUAAACGUCGUCGAUGCCCCCGAACUCUGUACAUUCGCUCUCCUGUCCACCCACGUCGACGGACCUCUCCAGAUCGGCGUCACCACCAACGGCCGCGGGUGUAAACUAGCAUCCCGCAUCCGCCGCGAAAUUGCAUCCUCGUUACCUUCCAACCUGGGCCCUGCGUGCGCUCGUCUCGGCAACCUGCGACGCAAAAUCAUCGAUACCGAUGGCGAGGCAUCCUCGUCGCAUACCUCGCUUGACGAGGCGACCGGCCAAGACGCCCAGUUCAACAAGCUCGUCUCCGACGCAGACGCAAAGACCCGACGCAUGCGCUGGCUCAGCCAAGUCUGUGAAUACUGGCCGCUGAGCAAGCUCGCCUCCAUUACAGAUGCCGAUAUCGAAUCUCUGUUCGCCUCAUACACCGCGCCAUCACCGACUUCUCCCUCAUCCACAUCUGGUCCUGGUCGCCUCAUCCUGGCGGGUAGCGGACCUGGCCACCCCGACCUACUCACCCGCGCGACACACAAGGCCAUCUUGACCGCUGAUAUCAUCUUGGCCGAUAAAUUAGUCCCGGCUGGCGUGCUCGAACUCAUCCCACGCCGCACACCAGUCCACAUUGCGCGCAAGUUCCCGGGCAACGCCGAAAAGGCCCAGGAAGAGCUCCUGUCAUCAGCUCUCGAGGGUGUCCAAGCCGGCAAGACAGUCUUGCGACUCAAGCAGGGAGAUCCCUUCAUCUACGGCCGCGGCGGCGAAGAGGUUGCCUUCUUCCAGGAGCGCGGGCUCGGCCACCGAGUCUCCGUGCUACCAGGCAUUACAUCCGCCCUCUCGGCGCCUCUCUUCAGCGGCAUCCCAUCAACACAGCGCGAUGUUGCCGACCAAGUCCUCAUCUGCACUGGCACAGGUAAAAAGGGUGCCGCUCCAGUCCCUCCCGAGUUUGUGCCCACGCGCACCGUCGUCUUCCUCAUGGCCCUCCACCGCAUCACCGGCCUUGUCAAGGAGCUCACAACACUUGUUGAGCUCGAGCCUGUCGAGGGCCAAGAAGAGCCUGUCGAGAAGAAGCAACUUACCAGAGCUCUUUGGCCGCUUUCUACGCCCUGUGCUGUCAUUGAGCGCGCAAGCUGUCCCGAUCAGCGGGUAAUCCGUACCACCCUCGCCCAUGUUGCGCAAGCCAUCGAGCAGGAGGGCAGCCGUCCUCCCGGUCUUCUGGUCGUUGGCAACGCAUGCACAUUCCUGGGUGGUCCCCUGGAGAAGGGCCGUUCUUGGAGCGUGGAGGAAGGUUUCAGAGGAUUGGACGGCUUGGUUGGCAGUGGACUGGAUGCUGGCCUGGAAGUGACUGAAACGCCGGCCCCUGUUGCCAUUGCGGCAAGCUAAUCAUGUCCACCCUUUCAAAUCUAUAGAGAACUUUUGCUUUUUUUUUUUGGCAUAGCGAGCAUUUAGAAUAUUAGACAAUAGCAAAGUCACGUUUCAUGAUACACAAGUACUUGUCAAGUUAAAAAUCUCACUUCCGUCUAUUCCGUUCGCGUGCGAUGCUAUGCUAUGCUAUGCUUAUGGUGAAAAGGGCAGUAUAUUUAGACCAAAUGCCAUCUGACUCAUAGUGUUAUGAGCAAAGGCUAGAAAUAAAUGUAAUAAAAAGGGUUUUGCAAAGAUGACUGCCAAAUGCCAUCGUGUUUUUUCGCUCUAAAAAAACACUAGAGAAAUCAAAAGGGUAUAUUGUAAAUGUACAUGGCAUAGGGACUGGCAUCGCUGCUCAGGUUCUCUGUAUGCUCCUGUCUCUGCGCGGCCACCCGGCCCGCGUCAAAAAGACUUUGUUGCUUUACCAUGUAAAGCUUUCCUCGAUAAAGUCGAUGACACUGGCGCCCUGAACUGCACGCACAGCGGCGCGGACGUCAUCUGCCAAACCACCCGGUCCACAAACAGUGACGGCCAUGGCACCAACUUGCUCCUGCACCUCCUUGACGAGGAGCAAGCGGACAUUGGGUCGACCUGGGAACAUCUUGACCGUGCUACUCGACGAAACAAUAUCUCGCGGGUUUUGGGGUCGGGUGACAAAAACUUGAAUGCGGAGAAGGUCUUUGCGGUUCGGGAUUCGUAGAAUCGUGUCCAUGUACGGGCGGACCCAUUCGAGCGAUUCGUACUCGCGUAUCGUCCAGACGAGGGUAAUCUUUCGGGUCGCUACCGUGCCGGCGUUGUAUCCCUCUAAUAAAUGGCGUAGGUAGGAGAUUUGAUGCGUGAUACCAGUCGAACCUGCAAACAGAACCAGAUGGCCGUACGAGUCAAGGUUGUGGUGGCCGGCGUAUGGGCCUUCAAAGGCAGCCUUGAGGCGGAUGCCGUGCACGGAUCGGGUAGCCUUAUCGAAGAGCUUGCGGGUGAGACCAGUUUGUGCGCCGAUAAUAAAAGACACCGAUGUGUAGGCGUUGGCUCGAUCAAUGGCGUUUAGGGGCUCCUUCUCGGCUACAGGCAGCGUCGAAGCCUUCGUCUCGUGCUCAACCCAGGCAAUGGAGAAGGGAUGGCUCUCCCAAGCAUUGACUCCCCAGAAUCGGAGGUAUGCGUGGGUUCCAGGCUUGAUUGCCAUGUAUCUUGGCAAUCGAACGGUAACUCUAGUCGCCUCGCAUGGCAUGGCCUCAACAAGGGCUUCGGUGACUCCCUUGUCGGACCAGUUGGCGUAUGCCAAGCGAACAAAUCGGAAGAAUCGGUCAAAGAACCACAGGAAGGCAAUGGCCAUGAUGACGGGCAAUUGUGCCAGACCAUGGAUGCCAAGGUGAAUCCAUGUGCAGGCUACCGCAAUGAAAGCGAGGAGAAUGUGGAUGUUGAGGAAGGUUUCAUAAAAGGCGUGUCGCAGAGGUGAGACACACAAGAUAAGAAGAAGGAUGAAUGACACUGUGCCAAUGAGGCCCGAAAGGUAGAAGAAGUCGCCAUCCAGGGUCGACUGCACUCGCUGCCAGCCACCAUUGUGCAUGGCGACUCGCCACCAAGCAAAGGCAUGUAGGCACGUCUCGAUAACGACUAGGCGUCCGAGCCAUCUGUGAAGCAGGUUAUAUGUGUCAAAGCUAAUCUUUAGCAGAACAAUAAGCGGGUUGUUUCGGCCGGCCAUAAUGAUCAAAGGCAUCAUGUUGACAACGGCCAAGACGCCGGCUCUGCCACGAAGGUCUGCGUAAAAAGCCAUCUUGUCCUUGGCACCCCAGUUGAGGAGAAACAUGUAAAUAAUAUUGUUGAGAAGGUAGACGGUGAGAAUAGUGAAGUGUAGACGUGACGGCAGUGUUCCGACAUUGAUGGCACUGGAUAAGCGGAAUUCACGGUUAUGGCGUUUCUUCCACAAGGGGGCGUAGAUGAGAUGCUGCUUGGCACCAGGCAUCCAGCUCCAUUGUGAUAUCUUCCAGUAAGUCUGCUUCUCUCGUGGCACGGACAUGGCGGAUACUUGUCGCAGUUUGGCCCAGAGAAUCUCCAUUAUCCGAAUAACGAGGAUAACAGUGCCCAUGAUACCCAGCAUCACCCACAGUACAUCUUGAAAGAUGAGGUUCAAUUCUUGAUUGACUCCAACUAACGAAUGUGAGUAGUCGACUGCUGCCGUCGUCGUUUGUGCGACCACUUGCGUUGUAGGGUUUAUCCGUACGUCCACGAUCCGUGUCGGGACGACGAUAUUUGUAGCAGCGGGCCCGCGCUGAAUAUGCAUUUUGAAGAUGGGAUUGCGAGAUUUCUCGCCGGUUAAUAAAAUGAUAAGUUGGUAAAAAACUGAGUUAGCUCUUCCUCCAGAGUGUUGGGGAGGAAGCUGCUUAUUCUUAAGGAGCUCAGACGCUCAGAAUAAGUAGCGUAGUAAGUCGGGUGAUGAAAUUUUUAGAGGUGAAUAUAACGGUGCAUUAUGGAAGAAUCGUAGUACGAAGAAAAAUGGUUGGAAUCGGUCUUGAUGGUCCUCGAUAACAGCAACUGGUGGCACCCAGAUACUGUGAUUAAGUCGACAGUGUUGAAACACAGUACUGUUGCGCUGAGUUUACCGUGAAUGAGGUGAGAGAGCUCUGGGGAUUUCGGCUCAAGCUGUCGACGGCAGGUAAUAGUGGCUCGCCCAAUAAAGGGAGUAAAUGUUUCGGCCGCUCAAGGAGUACAAGGCGGGUCGCGGAUAGGCACUUGGUGAAUUUGUGAGAGGAAACAAGGAGUGCGAUCGGGAUGUCCAAAUCGUACAGUUGCAGAUUAAUGAGUUUCGGAGGUAAGAUGAAAGAUGCAGAAGUCGGUCGGAGCUGCAGCGGCGCGUCGGAAAGGUACUGAGAGGGGAACCGGACCGGAAUGCUGAAAUGUCUAGGAACAAAGGGGAGGUCGGGAGCUGGGAUUAUCCACUUGGCGGCGAUGGAAUGUCUUGCCUCUGGGCUGGUGAGUAGCCACACAGCAAUGCGGAGGUCUCAGUCGGCUAAAGAACGAGUCACGGAAGAUUGGGUGACCGGGUGAGGCAGCCGAGAAGGAGGCUUUGCGUCACAGACUGAUGCGAGACGGUGGUGAUGGUGAUUAGAUCCUGGGAGAGAGGCGUUGCAGAGAAAAUGACGUUGACGUGUGUUGGUGGACAAGAGCGAAGAAAAGAGCAAGAUCAAGAAGACACUGGUGCGAGAGAGCCCAAUGGUAGAUAAGCCGAGUCGAACAGUGUUACAGUGGACAGUUUUAUUUUUGAUUGUUGCUCAGGGUGGUAACGAUUUUGCGGCGCGGGCUUGGAAGGGUACGCUGGGAUGUUGCAGAGGGCAAGCAAGGUGAAGUCGAGGAAAACGGCGUGGUACAACCAGCCAAGAUAUAACAAAAAAAGAAACUGCAAAGAAAAGGAAGUCGUAGCAGGGGGCCAAGCUGUUGCGUGCGUGCGUGCCGAGCCUGUAUAGAUUGAAGAAGGAAACAAGAGGAAAUGAGAGGACUAGAGCAGUUUGAAACACACACUCUGUAGUAUAUGGAGAAGAAAAAGAUGGAGAAUCAGAGAAAGAAGAGAGCAGACAACCACCAAACAGCAGCCAGUCUGUGCGGUGCGUCGAGAAGAAUGAAAGAACAAGAGCGAAGCAAAGAGAGGCAAAAGGUGAGGAGGGGCGUGAAGAGAUCACCAAACGACUGGCUCACAAGCAC